AUGCAGAAUCCCAAAAAUGUAUUUGAAAAUAACACCCUUAUUCAUCUACCAGGCUUUUAUAUCAUUGGUCUCAACUCUUUGCCUUAUGCAAAUGCAUAUGUCAUUUUCUUAACUGUGCUUUAUAUCCUCACCACUGUGUUUAACUGUUUUGUUAUUUGUGUCAUUUGUAUUGACCAUCAGUUGCAUUAUCCUAAGUUCAUUGCACUUGGGAACUUAGCAGUAGUUGACCUUCUCAUCAGCACCUCUCUCAUCCCCGCCAUGAUUAAAAUCUGUAUUUUCAAGGACACUUUUAUAGAAAUUAAAUUGUGCUUAAUGCAAAUGUUUAUAUAUAUUGCCUUUAUAUCACUUGAAUCACAUUCCCUUGCUGUACUUGCCUUUGACAGGUUAAUUGCAAUAUGUUUUCCCCUGAGACAGAAUGUCAUUAACACUACCACCACCAUGAUUUCUAUUAUAAUUGCAACAUAUGUAUUGAGCAUUAGUGUCGCAAUGGGAUGUCUUGUAAGUUUGAUUUACCUGUCUUUCUGUAAUUCACUUCAGGUGAACAGCUAUUUCUGUGACUAUGCACCAAUUUUCCGGCUAGCUUGUAAUAAUACUUCAGUGCAGUGGACCUACGCCACGGUCUUAGUCUUGGUUGAGCUUCUUGUGCCACUGAGCUUCAUAGUUCUGACAUAUACAUGCAUCUUAAUUGCUGUAUUUCGAAUGAAAAGUGUCCAGAGCAGGUUUAAGGCACUUGCCACAUGCACAGAGCACCUUAUGCUUGUGACUGUUUUUUAUAUUCCCAUGCUGGUUAUUUCUAUUUUAGGAUAUUUCCGAUUAGGGUUGAACCAAGAUGUGAGAAUAGCUGGUUUGUCGUUGUCUUCCUGCAUCCCACCUUUUGCAAACCCCAUUAUCUACUCACUAAAAACCAAAAAACUCAGAAACAGGGUUUAUUUUGUCUUUGAAAGGAUUUGCGUCAUUAAAAGAUACCUUGUUUAUCCACUUCACAAAAAGUGCAAGUGA